ACCGGGGAUGACAGAAAUGAGGAACCGAAAUGAGAAGCACAUCAUCUGGGGAACUAGCUAAAUCGCUAAAUCAUGUAAGACUGGAAGGCUGAUGGGGUGAAACAUGCACCAGGCAGCUCUUUUUAUGCCAAGGCACUCGUUCCUCUUUCUGUAAAAAUGGAUUUGGUCACCGGUCUGUACACGUUGUAAAGUCGAUCUCUGGCUUUGUUAGUGGUGACACAUAUACGAAUAUGGAGGAGUGUAAAAUGAGCAUCGGUACUUUGAGUGAACAAGUCCUGAUCAGACUGGCAAAGAUGUUGGACAACUCCACCUGCGGAUGGAGGCAGCUAGCCAAUGCUGUGUCCGAGCAGGCGAAAUUCCGCUGCAGUGAGAGUGAGCUGACCAGCUGCUCACUACAGGUGCUGAGCGCUGCAGGCAGCCCAGGACGCACUCUCCUGGCUCGUCUUGCUGAUCGUUCCUGCUCCCUGGACUUCUUGCUCCACUGCCUGAGGAAGAUAGGCCACCAGGAAGCUGCGCAGUACCUCACCACCACGGUGUCAGAGCUGAUUCAGAUCACAGUGCAGCCACAGACCCAGCGGGCCACAGUGGGGGGCAGGGUGGUGUUGACCUGCAGAGCCUUCGGUCCCCCUGGACUCAGCUACCAGUGGUUCAGAGGCAAAGAGGAGAUUUUGGAUGAGACAGGGAGUACACCAGAGCUGGUCCUGUGUCCUUUAGCCCCAGUCCACGAGGGUCCCUAUAUCUGUAGGGUCCACCAUGGCGGAAACUUUAUCUUCUCCCAGUGGGCUCACGUUCGCUUCGUCCAGUCUGCAGGUCCUAGUUCAGGUUGCAGCAGCAGUUUGUUUCCAGGGGCAGCGAGUGGGCUGCAUAUCAUCCUUCAGCCUCGGUCCCAAGCCGUGUCUGAGGGCGACACUCUUUUCCUGGAGUGCAGCGCAGAGGCCAACCCUCCUGCGCAGUACGAGUGGUACCACAACACGGUGCCCGUGGCACAACACAAGAUGCGUUCACUGAAGAUCCCAUGUGUGACCACAGCGCACAGAGGACAGUACAGAUGCAAAAUGUUCAAUUUGUAUCACGAGGCGUGGAGUGACACAGCAACAGUCACCAUUGGCCCCAGUUCCAUCACUGAUGCCUCCUGGGUAGAAGUUGAUCGUGGUCCAGACUCACAGGAAGUUCACAGGCCAACUUGCAGACCAGGAAUACAUCCUCUACAACAGAUGGUCAAUCCGCCUCCAUCAGCCAGGGAUUUCUAUGCCACAGACAAAGUUGCACUCCUGAUUGGCAACAUGAACUACCUCUACCACACUCAGCUGUGCGCUCCCAUCGCUGACGUCCACGAGUUGACUAACCUGCUCAGACAAAUGGACUUCAAGGUGGUUUCCCUGCUCGACCUCAACUGGCAGGAGAUGCACAGCGCUGUUACAGAGUUCCUCUUGCUCCUUGACAAGGGAGUCUACGGCUUGCUAUACUUUGCUGGUCAUGGUUAUGAGAAUUACGGCAACAGUUUCAUGGUUCCAAUCGAUGCGCCGGCCUCCUACACAUCAGAGCACUGUUUGUGUGUACAGAAUAUACUUACCAGGAUGCAGGAGAAAGAGACUGGACUUAACGUAUUGCUGCUGGACAUGUGCCGCAAAAGAAACCUAAAUGAUGACAUCAUUGUUCAACCCGGACUGCUCAAGGUGACAGCAAAUAUAGUGUUUGGAUAUGCCACAUGCGUAGACGCUGAAGCAUAUGAAGUGAAGAGGGAAGACGUGUCAAAUGGCAUCUUCAUAAACUUCCUCAAACGGCGAGUUUGUGUAGAUGAGAAGGUCACAGUCAUGCUAGACCGAGUGGCUGAAGACAUGGGUCGAUGUGAGAUCACACGAGGGAGGCAGGCUCUGGAGCUACGCAGUAAUCUUUCUGAGCGGCGUUCCCUCACCGACCAGAUACAGACCUCUGAGUGCUCUGCAUCCCAUUCAGCUCGAAACCUGCAGUGGACUGUCGCUCACGUCCUACCAAAGAGCCAUUGCCUGCAGUUUGACUGUGGAGUGAAGGUUCAGCUUGGGUUUGCUGCAGAGUUCUCCAACGUCAUGGUCAUCUACACUCGGAUACUUGAGAAGCCCAAAGAAAUAGUUUCCUGCUGUGCUCAGCUUAUUGAUUUCCCUGAGGAUGUGGACAUUGAUCUGAAGCAGAGUAACCAGGAGACUCUGCUUGAAGCCGGCAGUUUAUUAUUAAUCAACGAAAAUCUUCCUUCACCGGAGGUCCCAAGUCUCUACACACGCAUUCAAUGUCUGCAGAGACUCAGGAGGGAGCUCACAUUCACCAUUUGCCUUCAUUACACCUAUUCCAACAUGGAUGACGAAGUGCAGGAAAGGAAACCAGUGACAGUUGGUAAACCACUGGUCUCCAAACUCAACCUGCAUGAGCCACGAGCGCCUCGCGCCUGCUCUACCUCCUCGUCCCUCAGCCUCGACUCCUUCAACGUUCCUGAGGGCUCCUCCUUUGCCUCUGUUGGUUCAGCCUCAAGUUCAUGGACAUAUCGUGCACAAACUGGCAGAGAAUCCUUCACCACUGACUCUCCAACUUCAUCCAGAAGUGCCAAUAUUCCAGAGGAGACGGACAGUCCUGAAUUAUUUGAGGCCCCUCAACCUCUCGUUGCCAGCAAAAGCUUGCCCCACAGCCAAGUAAAUGACACAAACUACACAUUUAGUGACAUGUACAAUUUUCAUUCUUACUAAGCAGUAUGAAUCGUAUGAUUUGACUAUGACACAGGAUAAAUCAGUGCACAUUCUUUAAGAAAAGUGAAAGGAUGGAAAGGAAAGCCUGUGGAUUUUCUGUUUCUGUACAGCUGCCCCUGAACUUAAGUCAUCGAAUGUGGUCAGUGUAACUGUUAUCAUAGUCUUAACUAUGCAUUAAGUUUUUGUAAUGUUUUAUAAAGAUUUUUGUUAUAAGAAUUUGAUGCAUUAUAAUGCAAUGAAAAAGUAAACACACUGCAGAUCAAGUUCGAUAUGUGAUUGUAAUGAAGGAAUAAUAAAACAUAUCCGUAAGAUUGUGUUAAA